UGUUAGAAAAUUAUUAUUAUUGUUAAUAAUAUAAUGGCGAAUAUAACUUCAAUAAUGUCAAUGGAACAAUGUCAUGAUAUUUGCCCUGAAGAUAUUGCUAACAGUUGUACAAAUGUAACUGUUUCUAAUACUGAAAUUAAUUCUAAUGGUAGCAAAAGUUUGGAAGAUUUACAAUGCUUUGUAUGUGAUGCAAAAAUUCAAGGGCGUCAUUAUGCGUUAGCUACAUGUAGGACCCAGACAUCAAGAACUAAAGUGAUAGAAAAACUUGGAGAAUUAGUUGGCGAAAGGUACAUGGUAGUAAUAUCAGAAGACGAUGUAAUCUGCAGAAGUUGUGCUAAUCUUAUUAAUACACUUGAUAGACUUGAAGUUGAGAUAUAUAACGUACGUGAUAAUGUUCUAAGAUUCUUGGAACAAAAGUAUUCUUUAGAAGAAGGAGAGCUUCUUGGCAAUAAUGAGAAACAAAAACGUUCUCAACCCCCACAGAUCACAAAGUGCAACAAUCAACUUAUAACUAAUUGUCAGGGUAAAAGACGAGAUGUUAUUUUAUCUUCAAAUGUUGCUGAAAAAACUAAACAUAAGAAAAGUAACGUUUGGUUACAAUGCGAUAAGUGUCAAUACACAACCCUUCAUAAUUCAUUUAUGGUACAUCAUGUUAGAAACCAUAUUAAACAGAAAGUAUUUUGCGAUAAAUGUGGCGUCCAGUUUUCUGAAAAAGAACACAAAUCACAUAACUGUAGCUUGAAAGAACAUUUAAAUGUCAAAAAUACAGUUCAAAAUGAGCCACAAGCAGAAUCAUCUUUAAAACAUAUCACUGAAACUAUAUUGGAUAUUCCAAUCUUAGAAAAAAAUAUGCAGCAAAACGUACCAAUUAUGGCCAUUGAAACUUACACAGGAUCACAAAUUUCAAAUUGUAAUGAAAAUAUACCUAUAAUAAGGUUGUCAAGUGCAGAAAAUUUACCAAUACAAAAUAUUUUAAGUUCCGAAUAUACAGAGAGGAGAACUAAAAGCAUUAGCAAAAUAUCAGAAUUGCAACAAGAAAUUGAAAACUUGAAAUCUGAAAUAGAUACAACAAAAUUACAACAAAUGAUAGUGGAUAAGAAGAUUUCAAAUGCAAUUACCCAGCAAGAAAAAUUAAAGGCAGAUGUUGAUGAUGCGAAACUAAAAAGAGAUAAUUUAUCUGUUGAAAUGGUUGAUUUACAACAAGAAUCAACAAAGAGGAAAGAAGAAAAAUUAUUAGCUUGGGAUGCUAUUAAACGUGCUUGUAAAAUAUACAAGGAAUAUUUGGAUAUAAGUAUACAAUUCAUUGAAAAUGAUGGUUAUGAAAGAAUAAAAGUUUCUUUCUUUGUAAAUGAUGAUAGUACAAGAGAUAAAUAUUAUGUAUACUUAAAUCAUUCGGAUAAUCAAUGGAAAGUGGAGCAAAUUCAACCGAUUCUUAAAAUGGAAGAAUUAAAUGAAUUCAAAGGUAUAAUUGAUUUCUCUAAACAAUCAGAGAUUUCCAAUGUUAUUACAUUUGUUUGUAAACUUAGACAUAUUUUUGUGAAACAUUAUUUAAAUACAGAACAGUGAUAUGACAAUGUUCAAAUAUUUGUUAGAGUAUUUUGAUUAAAACUCGAUAACUGAGAAAAUAUAUAUUUUUGUAUGAUAUUAAAUUGCUUAUUUUAAGAUUAAAGCAUUUAUUAAUAAAAGUUAAUAUCUAAAUCAUCUCGUUACACGUACAUGACUUUUAACACUAAACAUUGCAAACUUAACAUUGGCAUAUACUUAUUAAAAUAUAUUCAUCAUUAGUAUAGUCACUUUCUGAUGUUAUGUGUGUAUCAUGCUGCACGUUUUAAUGUAUUAUUUGCUUAUAAUUUUAUUAAAAACACUAAACUGCUGAUCACAGUAGAUAAAUUAUUUAGAUAAUAGAAUUAUAAACACGCCUCCAUGCGAUCUCUAUCUAUAUAUGGCACCUACAGCGUGCGAGAAUAAAUUCUAUGUAAGAUAAGAGAAACGGUGAAUUUAUUUCGAACUGUUAAUUUUUCUAUAAAUAUUAUCUAACAUUUGAUCAAUUUCUUUUUAUUCUUUGCAAAACGUUUAUAAUUCAUUUAUUUAAAAACUUAUAGCGGUAAAUUACGUCGAUGGUUAGUCCUAGCUAACGAAGCUAGCAGUCGGUAUCAACAACUGUUCAUACAAAGAUAAGUUAAUGUAUAAGUUAAUAGUACGAACAGAGUUUUAAUUUAUUAUUGCUAACGUUUUAUUAUGUAUGCGUUGAAAGAAAAAUUUUGAAAAUGUAGCUUUUCGUUGAUUAUUUAUUUAAAAAUACAAUUACGUGUCGAUUCGGCGAAUUAUAUCAAAAUUGUUGCUGAUUAUCAUUCUAACAUGACGAUAAAACUUUCUCACUGGAUUUUACACGUCUUAGCGAGUUCUCUGUUCGCGGUACAUUAAUUUAGAAUAUUAACGCGGCUACGUACGAAAAUAUUUGCGAACCUUACUCGUACAUGAAAAAGGGCCAAUUGAUUAUGUAUGCGUAGAAGCACGUUGAUAACAAUUCAUCCCUAUUGGCACAAGUUAACGAGAGGGUCAAUUGAUCGCCCACUGCCAAUCAGCUCGUAUCGCGUACACAAUGUAAGUUAACAGAUUUCACUUACACUAUUGACCCGGCCGAUCGUUCGUUUACUCGAUCAUUCAGGAAUUUAAUUAAAGAUCGAAAUGUCGACAAUGGCAUUCGAUGGUUUUACUAACAUGUAUUGUCCUUAUUCGUCGCUUUCGAUACAAUUAACGCGUUGAACGCCAUGGGGGUACACACGCCUGAAUAAUUAAAAGAAAACAAUAGAAAAACAUUAUUUUAACAUCAAUAUCGCUAAGUUUCACGAAUUAAUUUAAACAUUAACAUCGCUAUGGUACAAAUAAUGUGAAAUGGUAAAUAGAAAGCUUGAAAUUUGAAAAUUAAUUAUUACUAUUCUUAGUAAUUAGAGCUUUAAUACGCCCCACAAAAAUUGCUCGAUUUCACUGUGGCGUUCAACGUAUUAACGAUACCUAACGAACGACUUAAACAUUCUAUUUCAACCUUUUCAUCCUCGACCUGAAACCAAAUUCCGAAUAUCAUUUAACAUAUUUAAACAAAGGCUUUUACGUAUCAUCUUAACUAUACAUGAUCAUUAUUGCACGCUAGAUUUGGGGGUGAUAUCAUUCGAUACUCGAACACGAUAAAUCAACGAACAAUAAACAAUACACCGCCUAAGCGUUACAAAUAAUACUUUGAAGCACGAAUGAUUAACGUAGACUUCGAGUUAGAUUAAAGGCGAAUGUUAAUCGAUUUCGAAUACCCCGACUAUCCUUUCGUCUCUGUUAUGUUGCUAUAAAAACUAUUUCAAAGGACGCUAACAGAAAAGAUUAGACGGAAGUUCCGAAUGAUACAUGCGAGAGGACAAACUUAAAAAAAAAAAAAAAAAAAAAAAAAAAA